AAUUUAUUGAUUGGUACAAUUUAGCGCCCAAUAAGGUUGGUAUCUGGAGUUGCUGUUGCUUAUCAUGCGAGAAGUGAUUAUGUAAUGCCUCUACCUUCAUUGACCAAGUAGCCAUCCGAUUUAAGAAGAAAAUGCAUCUCACAGAAGAGGACGAAAACAACAUUCAAACUAUAAAUGAGUUUAAAGUGACAUGGUUCACAUUACUCUCAAGAGUAGAUGCCGCACCCACAGUGGAUGAAAUUGUAUUAACAUCUCUGAACCAUGUUGCAAAUCUGAUAAUGUGCAGGAAGGGAGGAAGUCCCUCAAAAAGUUUGGUUUUUGAAAUGGCCCUUAGCUUAUGUGUAUUUGAAACCCUAUUUCAGUGGAACUUUGUAUUCACCGGGGCUGAUUUGGAGGCCUACAAAGUAAGAGAGCUCCAGUUUUACGACUCACUAAUUGGGAAUAAUGGGGAGCUCUAUUUGUCCCAUGAAGGCUUCGUUAUACCAUUUAUGGCUACAAUGCAUCACUGUUCUAUUCGAUCAUGUCUACUUGUCGAACGUGCACUUGUACGCCUGUUGAAUACCGUUUGUGCAAUAUUGUCAGCCCAGUUCAAAUCUGAGACAGUACAGAAUGCAGUGAUACAUAAUAACUCAGGUGGCAACAAUAAUAAAGAUAGUAACAGCAUUCCAGCCCCAGCUAGAUGUGCAGAUGGCCUCCUCUUAUUCCGACGUAUGUGUAUGGGUGUAGUAGACUUAAGUCGAAUUGCCACUGAUUUAAACACUAAUAAUAAUAGCAGUACUAAAAAUUUAUUAAAUAUCAAUUUAGAACGAUGUAAUUCUAAUCCAGGACUAUUAUCAUUGAAACCUAUGGAGUCUAUUGAUUGGGCAAUGUGUUUAGAGUCCAGUAAACUGGAUACUAACUCUGAAUUCACUGCUUCAUUCACUUAUGACUAUGAUGAAUCACAUUCAUCGUAUCGUAAUGAUAAUAUUGGAUUGCCGACAAUAGAUUCAAUUUGUGAUCUGUUGGCACCAUAUCUUUUUCGUGAUGGGGAUCUAGGCUGGCAGGCCAGAGAUUCCCUUUUAUUGAUUGCGGCGUAUUCUUUGAGAGAUGAAGAAUUCAGCCACAGUAUUGCUAAAUAUUCAUCAAUUUGUGCGGUUAUAGCUACUGGUUUAGGAAUGCUUUAUACAGCGUUACCACAUCGUCUAGUGAAUAAUAAUUCACCCGAAACAUGGCCAAUCUUGAUUAGGACAUUGCAUACAAACCAAGAAGCAAGUGCACGUUUCACUGAAUUCUUAGGCGCCUUGGAUUUUUGUCGUUCGCUUCUCGAGAUUGCGCAUCCCUUGAUUCAAUCGUGUCUGCUGCAUUGUAUUCACACUAUCUUCUUUGUUUCUGUGAUUGGUCGCGCUCUUACACAAAGAGCUGCUGAAGAUGUUAUCACGGCUACUGUUUAUUUAGAACAGUAUAUCAUUCAUACUGUCGGUUCAUCACUGUUACCAAUAUUACUACGAUUUCUUUUAAUGAAAUUACCGUCUCAUAUUUUGCUUGAUUCAAGUUCACAAGUAAAAUAUUCAGCAUUUGAAGGGAGUAAUAAUGAUGACAAUAAUAAUCAAUAUGGUUCUACUGAAUGCUCUCUAGCCAGUCGUAUAUCUGUAAAUGAUGUCACUUCAUCAGAAUUUUUUGGUGAAUCUACUGAAAACAAUCUUCAUAAAGGUGAAAGCGAUAAUAAUAAUGAUAGCCAACAUCCCAAUUCGGUGUCUAGCAUAACUUAUAUGGAUCUGAUUAUCGCUCGGAUACAUCAGUGCAAUAGUUUACUUGGUAUCACAACACUAUCUUUAAUGAACACAAUUAUCGACUUGCAUUGUGAAGACAUCAUGUUCGUUCUUGUACUAAAGCAUUUAAUCUCUGUCAGAGAUGAUCUUUUCAGUAUUGGCUGGACGUGGCCAGACGCAAGCAGUUUUACUAAUACUUCGACGAAAAUUCUUGAUUUAUCAUCGACAACAUACAAUCAGUCUUCGGCUGGAUACUAUCCUGCAUCAAAUGAUUAUGUUAUUAAUAGAGUUACAGGGAAAGAAAAGAUAAUUAAUGAUACUAGUCAACCUCAUCGACAUCAUCGUUCUGUCCCGAAUCACUCACAUAGUGUCAGUACUAUUUGUGGUAGCGUCUGUAGUGAAGCAGUAGCCCAGUUAGAUAUUGAUGAUAUAGAAAACAAUUCUUCGGGUGCAACAACUCGUCAAGAGGUCCCUAAUAGUGAAGGACUAGAAGCUUUAAAUACAAAAAGUCCAUCAAUUGCAAUGCAUUUGGACAACCUACCAGUUGGUGGUCAAUUUCUAGCCAGUCAUUUAUUAAUCCCCCAUGCAGAAUUAACUGCUAAUUCACUUAUCAUGAAUAAUUAUAGAAAUGAUCUUCAACUGGACGAUAAUGAUGAUGUUAACAAUAAUGGAAGUGCUAGUCAUCUUAGUGACUUUUCACAGCAAACAACAAUAAAAGUGUCUUCCAAUCUUUCGUUAUCACCAUCGUCAUCAUCAUCUUCACCUACUAACAAUAAUUCGAAUAACUCUUCUCCUGUACUUGUCAACUCACCAAAUCCAAUGCUUGACUGGUUAUCUUAUACAUCCUGGGCACAUCAAACUAUAAAAAUACGUAAACAUGCUUGUAAAACUUGGCAGUUAACAUUUGAUGCGGUCCAACCAACUAUCGAACAAAUUAAUAUAUUAAAUGAAAACCUAAAAAAUAUACAAAUGAUCGAAAAGGAAUUUUCAACAUGUUAUCAAAAAACAAGGAAAUUCUCUGAAUGUGAUUGUCGUCUUGGUUUAGAUCCGUAUAAAACGUAUACAGAGUAUAAGUGUUUCAUUAACAGAAAUUGUUGUACUAAUCUGGAAGUGAAAAUGAAAGAGAAUGAAUUACAUGCUAAAGCAUUGUGUACGGCUGCGAAAAAAUUGAAUAUUGAAACUGAUCUUGUUUUAGACGGUUCAGAGAAUUUAGAUGAGUGUCAAACAACUAUUACAGAAGAUAAUGACGAAUUAUCAUCAAGGGAGAAACAUUUACUUGAUAAGGGGAUUCACAUGAAUAGUAGUAAUAAUUUGUUGAAAAAUCCUAUGACAACAUCCAGUUCUGUUGAUCGACAUCUCUGUUCCAUCUUAAGGAAUUCUAAACUACCACCAUUAUAUUCUAAUGAAUGUUUAAAUCAUGAUAAUUAUCACCAUAUGAAGUCUGAUGAUAAGACUUCAAUCAAGUCUUGGUACUGUCUUAGCUUUCUUGACUCAGCUGAUAUAUGUGACCAACUGAUGGCCAAUAAGAGCGAAAAUAUUUACCCAGUUCAAAAUGACACUACUAAUCUUGAAAAGAGUAAUUUGAAUAUAUCGCAUGAAUUUAAUGAAUAUUCUAGAACCAACCAAUCGGAAGGCAAUCAAGAUAAACCUCAAGAUAAUUCUUUCAUUCAGCAAAAUGAAUCUGACUUUAAUGAAGUAAACUCCACUGAUGAUAGUUAUGAAAAUCACUCUUAUGAGUUAAAUAAGUUUAUAGAAGAAUUAGAAACUAUGCCACCUGAAAGUUUACCUAUGGACUUCAAUAAUUCUCAAGAAUUGAGCACGGGACAUGCUAUCAGUAGGACUAUUGAAAAUGUAAUCAUUCCUAAAUAUGGUAGUUUAUCGUGUUUGAACAGUUAUACAAAUGAGGCAUAUCAGUAUUUCGAUACAUUACUAAAACGGUUAAAAUCACGUAGUUUACAUGAACUAACCAUGGAAUUUAAUAAUAAUAAUAAUAACAGUAACGAUUUCCAAGGAAAGUUAUACGAUGUUCCCCUGAUUACGACAUCGUUUUCGCGAAAAACAAGUACACCAAAACUGGAAAAUAAUGAAUCAUUCAAUGACGAACACUUAAUUUACCAUUCAAAUACAAACGUUAAUGCUACACAUGAAACAUUUGGAGGCUUAUCUAAAAAUAAGCUAAUUGAUAGUAACAAUCAAUGUCGACAUCAUCAUCGUCUAGAUUACCGUGAAAUUGGUUUCACUCACGGAUCGUUAAGUAACUUAAUACAAACUCGUUCAAAUGACUCAUCUUCGGAUGAAAAUAAUGACUGUAAUAGUCCUUGUUCAUUAAAAGCUAUGACAAUAGAUGAAAAAAUUAAUGAUCUGAAUAGAAUAAAUAAUGAAAAUUAUUCAUUUAACUGUGUAAAACAUUCAACACUAUUAUCAUCACCUUUUAAAGUUGCAAUACUUUCUUCUAAAAAGCGACUUAGCACAUCUACUGUCUCAUCAACAACAUCUAGUGCAUACUUAGAAACUAUACAGCAUUUAUCACAGAACACCUAUAAAGAAUCGUUAGUCUAUAAUGCAAAUUUAUUAAAUGUGAACAACAGUGUUAACGAUACAUGUUACCUAUCUACGACAACCUCAACUCAGGAAAAAGGUAUAGAUUCCCAUACAACUGAUCCAAAUUUAGGUCCAUUUUUAACUACUCUGUUGAAUCGUUUAGAGAAUUUCACCAAUAACUGUUUCUACGCUAAUCUAUAUCUGACUAACUUAGUAUCCAGUUUGGCAUCAUAUCCUAUACCAUUGUUAAGAGCAAUGAUUUUUUUAUCUAACACAUCCGAGUUAUCUCAGUACAUCAUGAAUAAUUCAGAGUGUAAUACAAAAUUCCGUGCUUUGCAUAAUGAUAUCUUAUGCUAUUUACCCUAUAAUAUUUUGCGUUCAAUUAAACAGCAAAUUGAUGUAUUUGCUGCCUUGUAUACAAGACAAGUUAAACAUUUUGGAUUAUUGGAAACCUUGAAUGGUUAUACGUUCAAUGAAUUAAAACAAGAAGCGCGCCGUUAUUUAAAUUAUGAAAUAAUUGAUCCAUCUAAGCUACUGCCGGUUAAUAUGUCAUCAGUUUCAGAGUUUGGCAGUAUAAAGAAAAAAGAAAAAGAUUCAAAUACUUCUCAUAAAGAAUCAAAAUAUCUUCCAACAGGUAAACCAGACAUAUCUCCCAUGAUGAAUUCAAACAACCGUCCAUACUUUCGAAAAUGGUUUGGCCUUUCAUCUAAGGCUAAUAGCAAGAAUACAAACAGUAAUAGUACGGCCAACAACCCUACUACGAAUCGUAGUGGAAUUACUGUCCACAGAAACAAUAGAAAGACUAAUAAAAGCAGAAAAUCCUCUUCUAGCAAUAUCUUGAAUCCAAAAGAUCUUCUUGAUUUCUCAAAAAUUUUGCAAAAACCAAUGACCGAAUUCACUUUUCCAACCAAUUUUGGCGUUACUCAACAAUUAAAUAAUUACGUAUCUGCUCAUGGCGAUAAGAAUAACACUGGUAGCAUCAGUGGUGGUCAUAUUCAACGUCAGCGUAGAAGUUUCAGACUAUCGACGAAGAAAACCAGUUUAGAUAGUCAUAAGAAUAAAGGAGGUGCAUGGAUAGAUGAAGAAAAUUUAUUACUUGAUGUAUCACGAAUACAGAGGAUGGUGUUGUGUGCAGUAAUAUUUGAAGACUUUUGUAAAGAAUUAGCCGCUAUUUGUACAGAGCAUAGUAUUCAGUGGUGAUGCAUGCAUCUGCGUUUUUGAAGGAGAGAGCCUCCUUCCCUCCUUGGAUAGAAGAGUGCCACACACAUGUGAGGCCCUUAUCUCAUUUGUAUUUUGUUUUUAAUGCAGUCUCACUUUUGUAUCAUUUUGAUAUUAUGUCUGAAUUAUAUAUGUCCAACCAUAAAAGUUGAUACUGUUUUUCUUGUAAAAUAAGGAAGGAUAUGUCUUUCACAGUUUGUCACUGUACCUCUUUAGCAGUUUUUGAGUUAUGGUGGUUACUUCAAUUUCAUCUAAAGUGGUGAUGGGAUACAACAGACAGAUACUUUCUUUUGGUGAUUAAAUUUUCCUCACUUUAUUGUCUGCUUUGGAUUUGUUUGUUUAUUUUUAUUUCUUCUUAAAAUGAAGAUUAUCAUAACUUGUCUUUCAAAAACCAAUAGUUAAUAUUAAUAAACUAUAUUCUAAUUAAAGUUAAAGAAACACAGUGUAUAUCAAAAAAGAUGGGAAGACUUUGUUUAUGUCACAUCCUGAAUAAAAAGAAAGACGAAUUUAUAAGGAAGUGUUGUCUUACUUUCAGUUGGUGGGUAUUCUGUUCAGAAGAGGAUCAUAUCAUGUACCUAAAUAUUUGUAAUGAAAACUUUCAGAUCAAUUCAAAAGUUCUUUUUUCAAAUCCUUUCCCACUUUUCUAGUCCUUUGAAUGAACUGGAGUUUUUACAUUCCUACACUCGGCUAAUUGACACAUUGGCACAAGUUUUCUGUUCAUCAUUAUCCAUACUUUCGUGCUUUAUGUCACCACAUCCUUUGAAAAAUCUGACUUGUUUAAUAUAUAUUUGUGCAAUUAUCUUGUCUAAUUUGUUUUCAAUUUCUUUAACUUUCAAGGCAUAGUCACGACUUUCAAAGAAAAUAAAUAUAUUUGAAGUGAAUACAGGGAUAUUUUUCCUAUUACUAUACGAGCUACUUUUACAAACAUUACAGCAAUACACUUGUAAGUUGUGCGUCGGUGGCACUGUGGUAGGAUACUCGCCAACCACGCAGGUGGUUCGGAGUUCGAUCCGCGGCCGACGAACUCCUUUACCUCACUAAGCCAGUAAUAAGACUGGUAAAGAGAGAAGGUUGGGCAUGACGCUAGCAACCCAUCCCGUGAAAAUAAAUACUACUACCAUAACAACAGAAGACAGGGGCCAGGCAACAGAUCGUUUAUU